AUGCCGUUCACCGCUUCUGACAUCUGCAAGAUCAUCUUCGCCAUUAUCUUGCCGCCCGUCGGCGUGUUCCUCGAACGAGGCUGUGGCGCCGACUUCUUCAUCAACAUCCUGCUCACCAUUCUUGGAUACAUCCCGGGAAUUAUCCAUGCUCUCUACAUCAUUCUCAAAUAUUAA